CCAGUCAGCUGUCCUUCAGUUCUCCUUCCAGAGAGACGCUACAUAUCAGAGAGAGUAGAAGAUGAAUUCCCUCUGCUGCUUCUUCAUUCUCAGCUUGCUCCCUCUUGUCACCCCAGACUGUCCCCGGCCUUGCCGUUGUGCUGCCAACAUCAUUGACUGCAUGUCAACGGAUCUCACAGAUGACAUGAUCCCCCUCUCCUUUGCAGCCUCAACCACAAAGCUCCAUCUCAACAACAACUAUCUCACUUUCAUCCCCAAAGGUCUCUUUGACAAUUUGCACAAUCUUCAGGCUGUUUAUCUGCGGGGGAAUCCUUGGGAAUGUACCUGCAACAUUCUGUAUCUGCGCUCUUGGCUACAAUGGCAAGAGAAUCGGACUCUGUAUCGUGACGUGGUGUGUUCAUCCCCUGCCCACCUUCAAGGCCGGAUUAUAACCUACCUGUCAGAAGAUGAGAUCAUUUCCACCUGCCAGUCUUGGUACUGCGGUGUGGCUCUGGUGGCACAGAUCUGCCUCUUUUUCUUCAUCCUGGUUCAGGCCAUCUUGCUCCUUCUUGUUGUCUUCUACAUCUGCAGGUUCCAGCGGUUAGCCAAGGAAGCCAGAAGGACAAUGGCGGAGUUCUAUGAGAAUGUGGGUCCAUGGGAAAGCGCUCGUAAGAACAGUAUGGACUGAUCGCCAUCCUAGAGUAGCUUUUUCCCAAACGCCUUACUUCCUGGAGGACCUUGGAAGUUCUAGGCAGAAUUUGGAAGAUGUUUGUUUGUUAAAAAGAUGCAGCAGCUUCUACACAGAAUGUUUGGGAUGGAUAAACAUAAUUGUGGAAUGACAACAUGGUAAAGGUUGGCGUUUGCUGUACCACCAUUUGGUACUUGCACUCUCUAGAAUUCUCCAAUAACUGGAAGAAUGGUGUUUGGCCCAUGAUUGAGUCCUAUCGUGCCAAAGGCUGUCUGAUGUCUCCUAUUAUAUAUAAUCCUCCAGUGUUCUUUUACUCUUUUAAGUGCCAUGUGACAGCCUGUUGCUUUUUUAUUUCAACAUAUGAAUAUGGCCCCUCUUCCCUCCAAUCUGGAUUAGCUUCAGUUACUAGGCAGGUUAAAUAGAUGACACAGCAGAGAGAUCUUAUUCUGGGUUCUUUUCAAAAUCUAUUGUCAUGUCAAGCUCCUUGUUCUUUCAGACAACGCAGUGGGGUUGAAAGGACUGGUUUUUGCUCUCCUAUUUAACGUGGGAAGGGUUGUGGUUAUGUCCAAAAGCUAGGAAUUUUAGUUAAGACAAGUUGGUGUUUCUUGUGAACACACAUUUGAACUCCCACAUCUCUAGGAGAGAGAUAUCAACCUUUUUCUGACAUUAAGAUCUUGAGAUUAACUCUGACCCUUGGCUUUUGAAUGGAGUUGCCAGAAGCAGAAGUAGCAGGGCCCAGGGAUGGAUGGACAAAGGAAGGAAGGAAGGAAGGAAGGAGGAGAGGGAGAGGGAGAGGGAGAGGGAGGAGAAGGAGAAGG